AUGGCUACUCUUCUAAGCUCACUAGAGGCCGCUCAACUCCUUCGAGAGAAGCAGUUGUCAUCGCCUUUGCAAUACCACGAGCAGCAGACCCGAAGGGUAUCGUCGAAGCCAUCUUAUCAUCUGAGCGCCCCAAGUGGCUGGUCAAAUGAUCCAUGUGGUCUUGGAUAUGACCCUGCCACAGGUCUCUACCAUGUAUUCUUUCAAUGGAACCCAUAUGGCAAUGACUGGGGCAACAUGUCCUGGGGCCACGCUACUUCAACCGAUCUUGUUUCGUGGGAAACAUUCUCAACUCCGGCUUUAGUACCAUCAGCGAAAUAUGAUAAAUGUGGUAUUUUUACUGGCUGUUUCCAGGCAACCAAUAUCCACGGUGACCCUGGGACUUUGACGGUCCUCUACACGUCAGUCAGUCGUCUUCCCAUUCAUUACUCGCUGCCGUAUGCCACGGGAUGCGAGUCUUUGAGUCUGGCCGUCUCAACCAACGGCGGGAAGACAUGGGAACGCCAGGACUGUAAUCCCAUUCUUCCGGGACCUCCUGAAAACAUUCCAGUCACGGGAUGGAGAGAUCCAUAUCUUACCACUUGGGCGAGACAGCAAGAUCCUGGUCUGUACGGGUUCAUUUCAGGUGGUAUCAAGGCUAAAAAUCCCGCCGUUUUUGUCUAUACUGUCCAACCUGAUGAUCUCCGGCAGUGGAAGUAUGUCGGCUCCUUGGUCAAUGUCGGUCUCAACUUCCGUCCCUCACGAUGGUCAGGUGAUUUUGGAGUUAAUUGGGAGGUCGCCAAUUUAAUGACAUUGACAAAUGACUCCGAUGAGUCCCGUGACUUUGUCGUCAUGGGCGUUGAAGGUUGCUUGCGUCCGGAAAUAACAAAUCAAGAUUCCGGGCAAGCUCGCCAUAGACGAGACCCAAGAGGUCUUAUGUGGAUGUCUGUCAAGUCAUCAAACAAUGCGAAUGCCGAUGCGCUCACAAAAUAUGGCUGUGCCGGUUUCUUUGAUCACGGUUGCUUAUACGCGGCCAAUUCGUUCUGGGAUCCUGAGACGUCCCAACGCAUUGUUUUUGGCUGGGUGACUGAAGAGGACCUUCCUGACGGUCCCCGUCAUCGUCAGGGAUGGAGCGGCUUGAUCUCAUUGCCUCGAGUGACGAAACUCUUCACCCUUCAUAAUGUCGCAAAAGCACGCUGCUCGCCACUGGAGUCAAUCACAUCAAUUGAGAUGGUUAAGUCUUCGGGAAGCGGGUUUACCAUUCAUACACUGGGAAUCAGCCCAGACUCGCGAAUUUCUCGUCUUCGACACAAAGCCAUAAAGGGCCAUCUUGCGACUUCAGCCUUGACCACUCGAGCUGCUUCGGACUCUGGAAACUGCUUAUCGUUGAGCAGCAAUAGAUGGGAGUUACAGGCCAAGUUUUUAGUUGGCCAGUCAUGUAGACGAGUGGGGGUCGAGAUUGCACACAGCACUGAUUUUGAACAAUGCACAACGCUUGCCUGGGACUGUAAUAGUGAAACCUUUACUAUUGACCGACCCUGGGUUGACCGGGAAAUUAAUCAUGGGCAGGAAUCAGCUCCACACACAUUAUUUACUUACCUGGAUGGUCAAGAAGAGACCGAGGAACCUCUAAGUGUUCAUGUGUUCUUUGACCACAAUGUUUUAGAGGUGUUCGUCAACGGAAGGACAGCUAUCACAACCCGAAUCUAUCAUCAUUCAGACCGAUGUUUCGGUGUCAAGUUCUUUGCAGAACCAGCUGACGACCGAGCCGGUGAAUCUUCUGCUAUACUUAUGGAAGCUGAUUUAUGGGAUGGGCUGGGGGUGAAUUAG